AUGGCACCUGCAUCCCAAUUCGAGCUGGCGCAACCGCCCAGCGACGCCAUCUCCUCGCUCGCGUAUGCGCCCGAUUCUCCCACGAGACUCCUGGUGUCCUGCUGGGACAAGAAGAUCUACCUCUACGACACACAUAGCGGAGGCCAAGACGCCUCAGGGACACUCGUUCAGACAAUCGAGUUCCGCGCCCCCGUACUCGAUGUUACCUUCGGCGCCACAGAUAAUGAGGCUUACACAGCUUGUUUGGACCACUGCGUUUACAGGGUCGAUUUGGAAUCAGGAGAGAAGCAGGUGGUUUCUCAACAUACAGCUCCCGCCCGUUGCGUAGUUUAUAGCCCAGAGCAUUCCCUCCUCAUCUCCGCGUCCUGGGACCAAACCCUCCAAAUCCACAACGCCAAAUCACCCUCAGACGACAACAUCACCGUUCAGCUGCCUGGAAAGCCUCAUGCACUGGCCGCCAGCCCCUCGAAGGUCGUCGUUGCCAUGACCGCGCGCCUCGUCAAUAUCUACGACUUGGGCAAUAUCCCCUCUCUCUUCUCCCAGUCUGGCCCCCACGAUAUCAAGCCCUGGCAACAGCGCGAGUCAUCCCUCAAGUUCCUCACCCGAGCCGUUUCCUGCAUGCCCAACGACGCUGGGUACGCUACCAGUAGCAUUGAGGGUCGUGUCGCAGUCGAGUGGUUCGAGGACUCGGCCGAGUCCCAGGCCCGUAAAUAUGCCUUCAAGUGCCAUCGUCAAGCCGCUCCGGACGGCGAAGGUGAUAUCGUCUAUCCGGUCAACGCGAUGGCUUUCCACCCGGUCUACGGCACGUUCGCCUCCGGUGGUGGCGAUGGAACUGUUGCGCUGUGGGAUGCCGAGGCCAAACGCAGGAUGAAGCAGUACCAGAAGUUCCCUGACAGCGUUGCGGCUUUGGCCUUCUCCAAGGACGGCAAGUAUCUUGCCGUUGGUGUCUGCCCUGGCUUCGAGACGGGCAUGGAGGAUUACAGUGCCGAGGGCAAGGCAAGUGUUUUCAUCCGUGAGCUUGGCGACACGGAAGCCAAGGGCAAGGGUGCAAAAUAA